AACUUCCUUCUAUUUACCACACCUAGUUUAUCAGUGACGUUCAACUGACAGAAGCAAAGCCCAGCAUGCUACAAGGAAAUAGAAACAUUCCCUUGGAUAUUCCAUUCUGCUUUUCAGAGAUUCCCUAUGUUGGGAAUAUGUUUCUUCGCCUGUUUCUUGGCAUGCUGUGCAGGAGCAGACACAGGAAAAAAAUGCCCAGUAUUUACAGAUCUGAAUUUACCCGAUGCUCUGAUAGGUACAAAUCUAAAAGUGCAACUUCUUCUAUACACAAGGAAAAACAAAAACUGUUCUGAGAAUCUCAGUGGACAAAACUUAACAACUUCUCUAUAUCUAAAUGUGACCAAGAAAGUUAUUUUUGUUAUUCAUGGAUACAGACCAACAGGUUCUCCACCAGUAUGGAUUAAUGAGAUUAAAAAUAGUCUGCUUGCAAAAGAAGAUGUUAAUAUUAUAAUAGUUGAUUGGAAUCGGGGUGCCACAACUUUGAUUUAUCCUAAUGCUGUCUCCAAUACCAGAAAAGUGGCAGAAAUGUUGAAGAACCUUAUUGAUGAAAUGUUGGAAAAUGGAGCCUCUCUUGAUUCUGUUUACAUGAUUGGAGUAAGCCUUGGGGCUCAUAUAGCCGGAUUUGUUGGAAAGGCAUACAGUGGGAAAAUUGGCAGAAUAACAGGUCUUGACCCAGCGGGGCCAUCAUUUAGUGGAAAAGAGCCAGCUGAGAGAUUGCAUCACACUGAUGCUCAGUUUGUUGAUGUUAUUCAUACAGAUAUUGAUGCUUUGGGUUACAGGAAGCCUUUGGGAAACAUUGACUACUACCCAAAUGGGGGAACAGAUCAACCAGGAUGUCCACAGACAAUACUUGGAGGAUCUCAGUAUUUCAAAUGUGAUCAUCAGAGAUCUGUUUUUUUAUUUAUAUCAUCUUUGGAACAGAAGUGUAGCAUAACUGCAUUUCCUUGUGACUCAUACGUGGGUUAUAGAAAUGGAGAGUGUGCAAGCUGUGAAGUUUUUAAACCCCUUCCAUGUCCAGCAUUGGGCUAUUAUGCUGAUAAAUGGAAGAACCAUUUAAUUGAAAAGAACCCCCCUGUGACAAAAGCUUACUUUGACACUUCAGACAAAAAGCCUUUCUGCAUGUAUCAUUACUUUGUGGAUAUCAUUACCUGGAACAAAAACAGUAGGAGAGGUAUUAUAAGAAUCAAAAUAGAAGACAAUACAGGAAAUAUAACAGAAUCCAAAAUAAAUAGUGAUGCAGCAGUAUUUCAACAGUAUAGACAAGCCAAGAUCCUUGCUGGAUUUUAUCUGGAUUUUGACAAUGUAUCAAAAAUUACCUUGACAUUUUCUACAAAGAAUGUUGUAGGCCCGAAGUACAAGCUUAGGGUCCUCCAAAUGAGAUUAAGAUCCCUGUCAAAUGCAGAAAGGUUUCAGUUAUGUAGAUAUGAUUUUAUACUGCUGGAAAAUAAUGAAACCAGCUUCAAGCCUAUUCCAUGCCAUGAGAUGGAUGUGUGAAACAGUCUCAUGUAAAUGUGUGUUCUCUUAUACAUGAAGUUAAAGAUAAUAAUGAGAAAUGGCAUGAAGUUCAACCAGAUACUUCACAGAGGCUGAAUUCCAAUUGCUGUGGAAUUUGAGUAUCAUAGAAAGAAGUCCUCCAAGAAAUUCAGUUAUUUGUGAUGUGUGAUUGUGAAAGAUGGGGUUUUAGUAGCAUGACAAGAAUCAAAUGGAGUUACUUCAUUUCUGAGUUUACUUACACUGGAAAUUUGUACAUAGGACUGCUAAUGUGAUAUCCUAUGGAAUUUACAAUUACAUUGCUAUGUGCAGAAAUAAAGCACAUAUUUUUCUCAAUAACUUUCAUACAUGGAGCUCUUUCAAGGUGAUGCCUGAAACCAAAGAACAAAGCUGGCUCAGGCAAUCCCUUUGUGCAUGAGUUGAACUAGAGCAAUCCUUGCAGUCCUUAGAAGACCCAACAUCCACAGCAUUUGCUGAAGUGAGGCAGAAUUGAAUAAACUAUUUAGUUGUAUCAGUGAUAUUCCAUGUGCAGAGAAGUCGUGUUCAUCUUGUUCUAUGAGUGCAACUGUGAGAAGUGUGAAGUAUUUAGUAAUUCUACUGACUAAUUGAAUUUAUUCCCUAAUGAGAUUAAUAUUAAAGCCUUAAUCUGAGAAUUUUACCAUUGUUAUCUGAGAAUGUGAAUUUUUCUAAAUAAAGAUUUAUUUAAAGCCAUGGAAAA